UUGGACGAGGUGUCCAGCUUGCGGAGGUGCGCGCAUCGGAACGUGCUGCCGCUUCUCGGCUAUUGCGGCUCGCCCCAGGCGGCUGGCAUCGUGACGGCGCUCAUGCGAGGCGGCUCGCUCGACGACCACCUCCUGCUCUCACCCGACGCGCGGGCGCGACUGCAGCAGCUCGGCUUCAAAGGCACUCCGGGGCUGUCGUGGUCGCAGCGACUGUCGGCUCUGUGCGACGCGGCGCGGGCGCUGGUGCACCUCCACUCGAACCUCAUUCUCCACCGCGACGUCAAGACGGCCAACAUCCUGCUCGACGGCGCGCUGCUGCCGCUGCAGACGGCGGGGGGCGAGAGGCGCGUCUACCCCGAGAUCACCCGAGAUUGCCCUAGAUUGCUCUAG